UGCCUGGGUCGCAUCUCUGUCUCUCUGUUUCGUUCUCUGCUUUCUCUCCGGCUCUCCUGAUUGUCAUUCUGCAGCUGAAAUCUGUAAGACAAUUCCCCGAGCUCGGCAUCAGAGGCAGGACACAGGAGAGGGGAAGACCGCUCUCGAAAUAAAUUGGGGAUUCCUCAAAGAACUGUGGAGUCUUUUGUUCUUUUCAGGCUUUUUGAUGAUUGACCUGCUCCGCUGCCUCUCUUCCACAAGAAAAGACUUGAAAUGGGAGGCUUGAUGAGAGAAUAAAAAAGGAAACGGAGGAGAAGCUUUUGCAGCUUUAGUUUUGCAUCAUAGAACAAAGUGAUGCAAAUGGACACACAGUUUGGAAGUGAGCGACUGAAGAGUUAAUCCAUUUCCAAGGAAAGAAACAGAACUGCAAAAGGAAACGGGAACUUGAACACUUUGAGACAGACUUUGAAAAGAAGAGGACGAGAGGCUAAAUCAGUAGAUUUGGAGAAAAAACAGUCUUUUUGAGACUCAGGCUUCCCCCCUACCAGUGUCAGCUUCCGCUCCGUCUAUCCCAUCUGCACUUCUUUCCUCUUUCGUCUUGGGCUCUGCUCCGUUAACUUACAGCACAACCAUGCAGGUGUCCAUCGCCUGCACAGACCACAACCUCAAGAGGGGGAAUGGGGACCACAGCAAGCAGAGCGCCACCAGCCCCAACGUGGUGAACCAAGCCCGGGCCAAGUUCCGCACUGUGGCCAUCAUCGCUCGCAGCUUUGGCUCCUUCACUCCACGCCACAUUUCACUGAAAGAGUCAACAGGGAAACACACUGGCAUGAAGUACAGGAACCUUGGGAAAUCAGGACUCAGAGUAUCUUGCUUAGGACUGGGUACAUGGGUGACAUUUGGGGGACAGAUAACGGACGAGAUUGCAGAGCAGCUAAUGACCAUCGCUUACGAGAGUGGAGUCAACCUGUUCGACACAGCUGAGGUCUACGCCGGUGGCAGGGCUGAAAUCAUUCUCGGAAACAUCAUCAAGAAGAAAUGCUGGAGGCGAUCCAGCUUGGUCAUUACUACUAAACUCUAUUGGGGAGGAAAAGCAGAGACAGAGAGAGGACUGUCAAGGAAACACAUAAUUGAAGGUCUGAAGGGCUCUCUACAAAGGAUGCAGCUGGAGUAUGUAGAUGUAGUUUUUGCCAAUCGCCCUGACAGCAAUACUCCCAUGGAGGAGAUUGUUCGGGCCAUGACCUAUGUGAUCAACCAGGGCAUGGCGAUGUACUGGGGGACGUCUCGGUGGACAGCCAUGGAGAUCAUGGAGGCAUAUUCAGUGGCAAGACAGUUUAAUCUCAUCCCUCCGGUGUGUGAGCAGGCAGAGUAUCAUCUCUUCCAGAGGGAGAAAGUAGAAGUUCAACUUCCUGAACUUUACCACAAGAUAGGAGUUGGGGCGAUGACGUGGUCACCACUGGCGUGCGGCAUCAUCACAGGGAAAUAUGAAAAUGGCAUUCCUGAAUCUUCGCGGGCCUCCAUGAAGUCCUAUCAGUGGCUGAAGGAGAAAAUAGUAAGUGAGGAUGGAAGGAAGCAACAAGCCAAGCUGAAAGAGCUCAACCACAUAGCGGAGAAGCUGGGCUGCACUCUGCCUCAGCUGGCUGUGGCAUGGUGUCUAAGAAAUGAGGGAGUGAGCUCGGUUCUUCUGGGAACGUCCAACCCCGAGCAGCUCACCGAGAACCUCGGCGCCAUACAGGUCCUUCCCAAGAUGACGUCUCACAUAGUGUCUGAUAUCGACCACAUCCUGGGCAACAGGCCGUACAGUAAGAAGGACUACCGCUCUUAGAACGGGCUGGUUGGCCUGCCUGCUUACCCAGCUACUUAACCACACCGCCACCAUGGAGCCACCGUUCAAUGUUAAGCUCCGUGGUUCUCUCUUUGGGCCCCACUCAGCUCCAGCCCACUUCAGCCUGGAUCAGACCAGCCUCGCUAAGCAGCAGCACCGCAUCCCGUAACCUUGUCUGUCUGUUUUGAGACGCAUCAUCUCAGGUCCAGUCCAGUUCAGCCAAGAGAUGCUCAGCUUUUUGCAGCCUGAAAACGCAAACUUAGUCCCCCUGAGUACCUUAAGGUGUUAACCUCUUCCACCACCGGUCCAUUCAAGUAUAACUAUGCAGAGUUUAGUUACAGUCCAUGUUGCAGUUAGGAUUCACCAUCCAUCCAGGAGCCUCCUCAAGAAAUUCAUCCAUUCAGUUCAACUUCUAUUAGAUGGUAAGAUGUGAGAAUUUAAAAUAAAAGUGCCUUGCUCAAGGGCACCUUGCUAGUAGUUGUUAAGCGAGACGGUUUAUUAUACCGACUCCCAUCCUCCCAGCUCGCCCGGUGACUCAGGCCAUCAACUCUCUAAUGUCCAGACUUCCACCCGCAAUUUAAUUUGAGCACAAAAUUCAGAUUGAGCACAUGUUUUAUUCACGAGGGUGACUGCACCACAGCUGAAUACAUCAAUGCAAGCACUUUAGACUUGUGAAAUUAAAGGUACCUUUAGAAGAGGGGACGUGAAGAUGCUUUAGCUGCAUGAACAGUCAGUCGGUCUUCGUGCUUUCAUUAGAUUGCUAUGCAGUGCAGCAACGAAAUUAACAUACGAGCUCAAUACUCUCACCUCUCAUGUCGAAGUCGAGGGAUCAGAUGUCUCAAUUAUUUUCCCAUGAAAUGAGGGGUUAAGCAGCAAUACGGUGACCUGGCCAUACUUCUUAAAAACCUAGCUUUCAAGAAUGAGGCCUCAACAUGCCAAUUCCCUGUUAGCUUGGAUUUAUCUUUCAACUAUUUACCAAAUGUACUCAGUCCCAUAUUUACUAUAGUGCAGACUAGUAUCCAGUAGAUAAUAUAGGCUGCAAAUCCUGAGUGUAUUAACCAACAGAUGCAUGUCUCCCCUGCUAUAGCGUGCCUCUCUUUUCUUUCCUACAAAGCACAUAAUGAAACAGCAGAAAGGAGUUGGGUCUACUGUCUGUGACCGCCUGUGAAGCAGAGGAUCAUCAGUGGCAGUGGGACUGGGACUCUGUUGAGGGAGAGAGUGGAGCAUGUCGCCCCCGUGUGGUGUUUUAGAGGAACCGCUGCUCUGCUUCACUAGAUUAGAGAAGAGAGAAACAACACUGCGGACUACUUUUCUCUCAGUUUUUCGCUCGUAACGGAGAUGUUUGACUCCUUUUCUGCCUGUGAACUGACCCUGCAUUGCUGAUUGCCUCGAUGAACCCUGCAGAAAAAGGACAUAAGCAUUUAAUGGAUAUAAUAAAUAUAUGUAAUGAGAGGACGACCGGCCUCCUGGCCGGUUGUUUUUAUAUUAACUGCAAAAAUUGCUUGUUAAUGGCACAAAGAGGCAUAUAGGCAAGGUCUUUGGGCAAAGAUAACAGUAUUUAUUUUAGAGUAGUGAAUAAAUAUGAAAUUUAUUUUGACAUUUUGAGACUUUGGUUGGAGAAUUAUGAGGAUGUUGCGUAUACAUAAAAUGUUAAAGCAUACUUUGUAACAUAAGAAAACCACAAAGAAGCCUCUUGUGCAUACGAGGACUUCACUGUACUGUAUGGCUGAUAUAUAAAUAAGAUGUAAAUAGAGUUAUUUUGUUGCUCCUCUGCUGUAUUACUGCAUCACUCGCAGUGUUUUCAGUCGCUCUUCAUCCCAUCCUCCUCCGGCCUGGCUUUACACUGUCACAGACUUCACUUCUGUCCCCUGGAGGAUAUUUCAUCAACUAUCUGAAAGGAGUAAGGCUCAAUUUUGUUUAUUGUGUUAGCAUUGUGAAGUCAGACUCUGUAUUAAUAAUAGCAUUAUUUAAAGCUGCUGCAAGGAAGUGUCUCUAUGUCAACUCUGGUGUCCCCUGUGGACAACAGGGGUAGUGUUUCCAUCGCCUCCUGUCGUAAAGAUCUUGAUCUGCUACCGGGUGCAUUUGUUUUGGAAGUGUGAGUGGAAGAAAUAACGCUAUUGUAUGCAGAAUAUACCUGUUUAUUGCUAUAUACAUAGGAUUAACAACUGUAAUGUGACAAUGGUGAAACAAAGGAAACUUUGUUUUAGUGCCGUAUUGGCCAGACCACAGAGCACCUUUUUUCCUCAGGCUCCCCAAUUCAUCCUCAGCAUGACCAUAAAAAUUGUUUGGAUUUCAUGACUUAUCCAACCCAGAUAGGUGGGAAUCCAACCUGACCAGACAUUAAGAAUGGCUCAUUAUGUAUGUUAUACAGAGACAUCGGUAUUAAUUAAGACUGUGUCAUAACCACUUAAAAGUUCCCUGCAGUGCAUUGUACCGAACUUCCGCUCAGACUCGAUUAUUGACCUCGGCUCAUUAUUUCUGACCAGGCGGCUCAGCUCUCACAGUUCACAGUCGUCACCUCCAUGCGUUGCUCUUCUGGUUCUUUUAUCAUCCGGAAAAUAAGCCAUCACAGAGAUCCGCAGAAACGUUGGCCAGGUGCCAGCUGAGUCACCGUCUCCGUCUUCACCCUGCAUUUGUUGACUUGUAGCACAAACGCCCUCGGAGUUUAAUGAAAGGAUUUUUUUUCUGUCUGUGUAGACCUUUGCCAGAAAUGCUGUUACGCAUAUUUGAACGGAGCAUCAAUAAUAGGUGUUUGGCUGAGGGUGUAUUUUAAGAAGCCUGGCCUCAGAUAAUGAAUAGACUUCUUUAUGACUUUCUGCAUUGCAGUGGGUGUGAGCUGAACUACAAUCUAUCAUCCAUUUACCAACAAAACACACAUGCUGAAGAGACAUUUUCUGCUGUUUCAGUCAAAUUGCUUUCACUCAUUUGACUCUGCUCAUUAAAAAGUGGGCAACAUGUGGCCUAAAUACCAAUAUGGUCAUUUGAUAAUUGCACCACAAAAUGUCUGCUUCUCAAAUCAUUUUAUUUUUCUGUCGCUCUGUGUGAUGUGCUCCUGUCAUUUGUGCUCAAGUCAACAAGAGGCUCAUUAGCGCGAGUUGGUGACCAUGUUGGACCGCGGCAUGCCGGUGUGUGUGGAGGCUUCUCCGUCCGACAGAGUGCCUUGACUUGUGACUCGUCCUGCACACAGGAGAAAAUUCAGGGAUGUCUUUUCAUUACGAGUUGUUAAAUGCUGUUUGGAUGUCGUCCUACACACAUGGUGAGAACAGAACAAUAUGUAUGCACAUUCUUGUAUCCUAGACCCUCACAAAACAGAUUAUGUAGAGGCAACUUUUGGGAAAUUGGCUCAGUGUGUUGAAUAUAUUUUCCUGCAGUGGUAAUGUUUUGUUUAGUCUCUGCCUUCCUCAGUGUCUUCUUCCACCAGAUGGUUGUUUAAUGCAGUAUCACUCUCUCCAGAAAAGGGCAGCAUGUCUUUACCUUAACCUGCUCUUUGCAGAGAACAGUUGAGAGCCUGUUAACGAGGAAAACAAGCAAUACAAUAUUCCUAUGAAAUGUAAUGUAUUGAUAAUUGAAAGAAACUUCCCAGAAUCUGUGAGAAUAUUUGACUUUGGUCAUUAAGAGUCUUCAACAACUUCACUCCCUAGCGGAACUGGUCUGAGGGCCGAAGAGAAGCUAGAAACGGUAAAUCUGCAGCUACAUGUUCAACCCACUAGAGACCGUGAAAGGUCCUACAAGAUGAUUCAUAAGCUUUGACCCAAGACUGAAGCCAAUUUACAUCAGUUCUGUUCAAAAUGAGUGUAACCUGCUCCACAGAUCAGUGUUGUUUUCUACAGUAUGUUCAUUAGAUCGUCAUUGAGUUCUUCUAUUUGUUUAAGUGACAUGCAAACAAACCAUUAGUGUAUCAUUUCUCUCCUGGACAGUGGUUUCUCUGUAAAUAGUCUAUAUGAAAGUGUGAUUAUAAAUAAAUGCAUCGCCAAUGGAAA